UGUCUUAACUCAGAAAAAAAAAAUUCAUUUACGUGCCCAAUUUUCCUUCUCUAUGGAUGUUAUUUGCAUGUAAAUUGUUCUCAUGAUUUGUCACGAUACCACAAAAUUCAAUGGAGCCUCGUGCCUAGUAUGCAACAGCCUACCAAAUCUUGAAUUUCCACUUCUCUCUUACUACAAACUCUGACCAUUCAGACAAAGUUCCUGAUCUCCUUCGUAAACCUCUCAUAACCCUCCGCCGGCAUGUUGGUCGGACAUUAUUUCCGGCAAUGGCAUUCUUUGCCAUUUUUCUUUCUCUUUUUUCUCAUGCUAGUUUCUCCAACUAAAUCAGAUGAUCUUCAAAUGCUUCUCAACUUGAAGGUCUCUCUCAAAGAUUCUAAAACUAAUGUGUUCACCUCAUGGACACGAGAAAAUUCUGUCUGCAACUUCACCGGAAUUACUUGCAACGCUAAUGGCUUCGUUAAGGAAAUCAAUCUUCCCCAACAACAGCUUCAGGGUGUUCUUCCUUUUGAUUCACUAUGUACUCUGCAAUCGCUGGAUAAGAUUUCUUUAGGAUUAAAUUCUCUUCAUGGUGGCAUCACUGAGGACUUGAAGAAUUGCAGAAGCUUGAAGGUCUUGGAUUUGGGAGGCAAUUUGUUUUCUGGACAGGUUCCUGACUUGUCUAGUUUACGUGAACUGAGGAUCCUGAAUUUAAAUGGUAGUGGAUUUUCAGGGCCAUUUCCAUGGUAUUCAUUGGAAAAUCUUACCAAUCUUGAAUUUUUAAGCAUUGGAGAUAACCCAUUUGAUUCAACAAGCUCAUUCCCUCUUGAAGUUCUGAAACUUAACAAGUUGUACUGGCUUUACCUCACAAAUUGCAGCAUCAAGGGCCAGAUUCCAGAGGGUAUAUCAAAUCUUACUCUGCUUCAAAAUCUUGAACUUUCUGAUAAUCUUUUAUCUGGAGAAAUCCCUGCAGGAAUUGGAAAGCUCAGCAAGCUUUGGCAACUUGAGAUAUACAACAAUUCCUUGACCGGAAAACUUCCGGUUGGAUUCAGCAAUCUCACAAGCCUGGUGAAUUUUGAUGCUUCACAUAAUAAGCUUGAAGGUGAACUUGGAGAGUUGAAAUCUUUGAAACAACUUUCUUCUUUGCAACUCUUUGAAAACCAAUUCUCCGGUGAGAUUCCUGAGGAAUUUGGUGAACUGAAGUACCUCACUGAGCUCUCUCUUUACACGAACAAGUUCACUGGUUCACUUCCUCAGAAGCUAGGCUCUUGGGAAGACUUCGUUUAUAUCGAUGUUUCAGAGAAUUUCUUGACAGGGCCUAUACCUCCAGACAUGUGCAAGAAUGGAAAAAUGACUGAUCUUCUUAUCCUGCAGAACAAAUUCACAGGCAAAAUCCCAGAUAGCUACGCUAAUUGCAAGUCUCUGAUACGUGUGCGUGUAAAAAACAAUUCACUUUCAGGCAAAGUCCCUGCAGGAAUCUGGGGUUUGCCAAAUCUUGUUAUCAUUGAUCUUAGCAUGAACCAAUUUGAAGGUCCUGUGACAGCUGAUAUAGCUAAGGCAAAUUCUCUGGGGUUACUAAUUCUGUCUAACAAUCAAUUUUCUGGUGAGUUGCCUGCUGCAAUUUCACGUGCUUCUUCGUUGGUGUCAAUCCAGUUGAGUUCAAAUCAUUUCAUUGGCAGAAUCCCAGAAAGCAUUGGUGAGUUGAAGAAACUAAACAGUCUUUAUUUGAAUGAGAACCUGUUUUUUGGUACUAUACCAGAUUCAUUAGGUUCAUGUGGCUCUCUCACUGAUAUAAACCUCUCUGGCAAUUCAUUUUCCGGCAAAAUCCCUGAGAGUCUUGGAUCUCUUUUUACUUUGAACUCCUUAAAUUUAUCAAACAACAAACUUUCUGGUCAAAUUCCUGUUAGUUUAUCAUCUCUAAGGCUAAGCAAUCUUGAUCUAUCAAAUAACCAGCUGACCGGUCCCAUACCUCAAUCUUUAUCACUUGAGGUCUUUCAAGAAGGCUUUGAUGGAAACCCAGGUUUAUGCAGCAACAAUCUGAGGAAUAUCCAACCUUGUUCAGCCACUUCGAGCACUUCCGGUCACCUUCGAGUACUUCUAUCUUGUUUCGCUGCCGGACUGCUAGUUUUGGUCAGUUGUGCUGGUUGUUUAUUGUUCCUGAAGCUAAGAAGGAAGAAUGCUGAUCAUCCACUGAAGAAGAGUUCUUGGGAUAUGAAGUCGUUUAGAGUACUAAGUUUCAGUGAAAGAGACAUCACUGAUGCCAUCAAAUCGGAGAAUUUGAUUGGCAAAGGAGGAUCAGGAAAUGUAUACAAAGUUGUACUUGGCAAUGGCAAUGAACUUGCUGUGAAACACAUUUGGACAUCCAAUGCCAGCACUGAUAGGAAAAGUUCGCGGAGCAGCUCAGCCAUGCUGAAUAAAAGGUAUCUCAGAUCAGCAGAAUUUAAUGCAGAAGUGGCCACAUUGAGUGCUGUGAGGCAUGUGAAUGUGGUGAAGCUGUACUGUAGCAUAACAAGUGAAGACAGCAAUCUGCUGGUUUAUGAAUAUCUACCUAAUGGAAGCUUGUGGGAUCAGCUACAUUCAAGCAAGGAGAUUAAAAUGGGGUGGAAAUUGAGGUAUGCAAUUUCACUUGGUGCUGCAAGAGGAUUGGAGUAUUUGCAUCAUGGAUUUGAUAGACCUGUGAUUCAUAGAGAUGUGAAAUCAAGUAAUAUUUUGUUGGAUGAAGAGUGGAAGCCAAGGAUUGCUGAUUUUGGACUGGCCAAGAUUGUGCAAGCUGGUGGUGGAGGAGAUUGGAGUCAUAUCAUUGCUGGAACUCAUGGUUACAUGGCUCCUGAAUAUGCAUACACAUGCAAGGUAACUGAGAAGAGUGAUGUGUACAGUUUCGGCAUAGUCCUGAUGGAGUUGGUCACAGGAAAAAGGCCAGUAGAACAGGAAUUUGGAGAGAACAAGGACAUAGUAUACUGGGUUUGCAGCAAAAUGACAAACAAAGAGAAUGCACUUGAUUUAGUGGACUCAAACAUCUCAGAGAAUCUGAAGGAGGAUGCCUUGAAAGUUCUGAGAAUUGCCAUUCACUGCACAGCAAAAAUCCCAGUUCUAAGACCUUCAAUGAGAAUGGUAGUUCAGAUGUUGGAAGAAGCUGAACCUCAUGAACUACCAGAUGUUGUUGAGGUCAAGAAUGAAGAUGGAGCCAGUCCAGAUGAGAAAUUAAAGGCUACCAACAGAUGAUCUGAACACUUGAAAUUUUCUUCUGAAGCAUUUAAUUUUUAGUAUGGUAGCGAUUAUAGACCUUAGAUUUUGAAAUUUGCACAGAACUUUAAGAUUAGAUUUUUAUGUAAGAGAAAAGCUUGAGCAUCAGAAAGAACUGGAAGCUGGAAGCAGUAGUUGAGAUGGAUAUUUAGUUAAAAUCGAAAAAAUUUA